AUGUUUGCCUUCACAAACGCUGUUUAUAAGCAAGUUGGUAUGUUUUUGUUGUCUCAACGGACGAGUUCCAAAUCAACGGUCCAAAUGAAGAAGAGCAGUAAGGUUAUAACUCAAGAAAGAUGGAGUGGUAACAAAUAUGGAAAAUCGAUAUCAGGAUCGCGUAAGCAAAGGUUGACCAUGUUAGUUCUAUUUAGUUACCUUCUCUUGCAUUUGAGUGGUAUGUUUUCCAUGACAUGCCUAGCAGAAAGUGACGGGCCCAAUUUGUACGUAUUUGGUGAUUCGAUAUUUGACAGUGGCCGCAAGAGUGCUCAUGCAUCUGGUUUGAAGGCAGGUUACAUGCCCUAUGGCAUAGAAUGUAUUUGGAAUGGCCAGUUCAGAUUCACAAAUGGGAAGACAAUUCCGGAACUUAUAGCUUCGGAACUCAAUUCAACGAAACCUGUAUCAAUCGAUGAAGCUAAUAUGGUUCCUGAAACUGGAGUUAUUUAUGCUUCUGCAUCAGCUGGUAUUCUUCCUGAGACAGGAAAAACAUUUGGUGAGAACUACGAUAUGGAGAAACAAGUUGGCCUUUUCAAAGACACUAUCGAAAAUAGCUUGCGACCUAAAUUGCAAUAUGCACAUAGAGUCACAAAAUACUUGUCGGAUUCGAUAUUUUUGAUUAAUAUAGGUAGCAGCGACUACAUUUACAAUUGUCUCCAGCCCAACAAGUGUAACAGAAGUCGACAACAUAAUGGUGAAGAUUUUGCUGCACUUCUCACAACCAAGCUCGGAAACCAAUUGGAGGACCUAUACAAGCUUGGUGCCAAAAAGAAGGUAGUUUUUCAACUUGGGCCACUAGGUUGUUGGCCAUACGUUCUAAACAUGGUAAAACCAGCAAGCAACUGUGCUGAAGAUGUAAAUAAGUUGGUAUCUACGUUCAAUGACAAGCUCGGUGCCAAGGUCAAAGAACUAAGUGAAAAACUAGAGGGGUCAUCAUUUGUGACAGCAAGAAUAUUCGAUCUCAUUAAAAGCAUGAUCCAAAAUCCGAAGGAUUAUGGGUUUCAAGAAAUAAGAUGGCCAUGUUGUGCAACUAAAGAAAACGGAACCGGGUUAUGCAUACAACCUAACAAAUUUAAGGGCGAAGUAUCUCCUGAAGUUGUGAAAGCGAUGAUGCCUCCCGGCUUGAAUGUAGACCAAAGGGUAGCCCAAAUUCAAUUUCAGUGUUUGGAUCUUCCACCUCUUAACAUUACAUUACCUCGAAUGAAGGAUGGAAAAGCACUAGCUGCUUUCUGUCCAGAAAGGAAGCUGUAUCUUUUCUUCGACGAACUUCACCUGACCCAGAGCUCUUACAAAGUUAUAGCUAACCAGUGCCUCAACAGUACCACUUCAGGUGGCAUUGGUUCUCCAUAUGGCAUCAGUGACUUGGUUGAAGUCAAAUAA